AGUUUCCGGCUGAGAGUCCGUCUAGCCGGGCCGGUGAGUCCGUGAGUGGAAGUCUGUGAGGCGCAGAGGUGGGGCAGGCCGCUUGGCUAGGUAGGCGGCUGGGAGGGUUUUCGUGGCGGGGAACGGAGGCUGAACUGCCCUGCCUGUGCUCAUAGGGAAGGAGGAUGUGAAGGAGCUUGUGAAGGCAGAGGAAGAUUAUUGAAUAAUAAAAUACAGUUUUGAAAAAAUGGAUGAAGAACCUGAAAGAACUAAGCGAUGGGAAGGAGGCUAUGAAAGAACAUGGGAGAUUCUUAAAGAAGAUGAAUCUGGAUCACUUAAAGCUACAAUAGAAGACAUUCUAUUCAAGGCAAAGAGAAAAAGAGUAUUUGAGCACCAUGGACAAGUUCGACUUGGAAUGAUGCGCCACCUUUAUGUGGUAGUAGAUGGAUCAAGAACAAUGGAAGACCAAGAUUUAAAGCCUAAUAGACUGACGUGUACUUUAAAGUUGUUGGAAUACUUUGUAGAGGAAUAUUUUGAUCAAAAUCCUAUUAGUCAGAUAGGAAUAAUUGUGACUAAGAGUAAAAGAGCUGAAAAAUUGACUGAACUCUCAGGAAACCCAAGAAAACAUGUAACGUCUUUGAAGAAAGCUGUGGAUAUGACCUGCCAUGGAGAGCCAUCUCUUUAUAAUUCCCUAAGCAUGGCUAUGCAAACUCUAAAACACAUGCCUGGACAUACAAGUCGAGAAGUACUAAUCAUCUUUAGCAGCCUUACAACUUGUGAUCCAUCUAAUAUUUAUGAUCUCAUCAAGACCCUAAAGGCAGCUAAAAUUAGAGUAUCUGUUAUUGGAUUGUCUGCAGAGGUUCGCGUUUGCACUGUACUUGCUCGUGAAACUGGUGGCACAUACCAUGUUAUUUUAGAUGAAAGCCAUUACAAAGAGUUGCUCACACAUCAUGUUAGUCCUCCUCCUGCUAGCUCAAGUUCUGAAUGCUCCCUUAUUCGUAUGGGAUUUCCUCAGCACACCAUUGCUUCUUUAUCUGACCAGGAUGCAAAACCCUCUUUCAGCAUGGCGCAUUUGGAUGGCAAUACUGAGCCGGGGCUUACAUUAGGAGGCUAUUUCUGUCCACAGUGUCGGGCAAAGUACUGUGAGCUACCUGUUGAAUGUAAAAUCUGUGGUCUUACUUUGGUGUCUGCUCCCCACUUGGCACGGUCUUACCAUCAUUUGUUUCCUUUGGAUGCUUUUCAAGAAAUUCCCCUAGAAGAAUAUAAUGGAGAAAGAUUUUGUUAUGGAUGUCAGGGGGAAUUGAAAGACCAACAUGUUUAUGUUUGUGCUGUGUGCCAAAAUGUUUUCUGUGUGGACUGUGAUGUUUUUGUUCAUGAUUCUCUACACUGUUGCCCUGGCUGUAUUCAUAAGAUUCCAGCUCCUUCAGGUGUUUGAUUCCAGCAUGUACUAUAUACAUUGUAUGUGUUAAAAAGAAUUUUGCAAAACUGUGAAUAAAAUGACUUAUUUAGAAGAAGCUUCAUUUAAAACAUGAAAGGAUAAUCUGACUUAAGAAACUUUUUGCUAAGAAAAGGUAAUAUUUUAUUAAAUUUUAAAUUUGUGUUCUGUCACAGAAAUACCUGAAAUUCAGUAGUACUUCAUUCAGUUAAUUUUGUUUUCUAUUAUUUUGAGUUAUACUGUUUUCAAAGUCAUUAUGCAGUAUGUAUAAAUUACUUAUAAUAAUUAAAUUGAUGUGGUAAUUUUGUGUUUUUAUAAUUAAAUACAGAAUAUGAUUUAUG